GGUUCCGCGCUCUCCCUCGCUUGCCGCGAGCUGGGCUCACCUCUGACUGUCCGGGGACAUGACUGGCACACCAGGAGCAGCUACCGCUGGGGAUGGCGAGGCCCCUGAGCGCUCCCCGCCCUUCAGUCCGAACUACGAUCUUACCGGCAAGGUGAUGCUUCUUGGAGACUCGGGCGUCGGCAAAACCUGUUUCCUGAUCCAAUUCAAAGACGGGGCCUUCCUGUCCGGAACCUUCAUAGCCACCGUCGGCAUAGACUUCAGGAAUAAAGUGGUGACAGUGGAUGGUGCCAGGGUGAAGCUUCAGAUCUGGGACACCGCAGGACAGGAGCGCUUCCGCAGUGUGACCCAUGCUUAUUACCGAGAUGCUCAGGCUUUGCUCCUGUUGUAUGACAUUACCAACCAGUCUUCUUUUGACAACAUCAGGGCCUGGCUCACAGAGAUUCAUGAGUAUGCCCAGAGGGAUGUGGUGAUCAUGCUGCUAGGCAACAAGGCGGAUGUAAGCAGCGAAAGGGUGAUCCGUUCUGAGGAUGGAGAGACACUGGCCAGGGAGUAUGGAGUUCCCUUCAUGGAAACCAGUGCCAAGACUGGCAUGAACGUGGAGCUGGCCUUUCUGGCGAUUGCCAAGGAACUGAAAUACCGUGCAGGGAGGCAGCCAGAUGAGCCCAGCUUCCAGAUUCGAGACUAUGUGGAGUCCCAGAAGAAGCGCUCCAGCUGCUGCUCCUUUGUGUGACUCCCGAGGGGCUGAGAGGAGGCCCAGAGACCCUUGGGGAUGCGCUUACUCCAGCCGCCACACCAGCUAGGAGAAGCUGGGGGCUCAGUGGGCAGCCUCUGCCGGGGAGGUAGACUAGACGCUAGCUACCCUGGUUUCUUUAGCUUCCCUGCAUCAUGGGAAGGAUUAAUAUAUACUUUAUCUUAAUAUACAUAAACUAAUAACACAAAAGGUAUCAGUGUGCCCCCCCCCAAACCAAAAUAGGUAGGGAUUUGGUGGUCCUUUGCUUACUGGGACUAACUUCUAAAAGGCUGGGCCUCUCUCCUAGUAAGUGUUACUGCACCAGCAUGGCACCAGGGGGCGCCAAAGCACUGCUAGGGCGUGGGAGCUGGUUGUGACCCUAUCACCAAUCUUCUCUAAGGAGGUGAAAGAGACCCAGACUUCUCUUCCUCCAGCUCCCAGAAAGAGGGGCCUUAGUGCUGGGAGCUAGCCCAAAGCCUCAGGAAAGAUAAACAUGGAGAGUGUCGUAAGAAGAAUAGCGAUUACUAGGGUGAGUUUGCACAGCUACCUCUGGCUUUCCCGACCCUCCUUCUGGAAACCCGCACAUGCUUUUUCUCCAGCACGCACGCCCAGUGCCCAGUGUGGCACCUGAAAACAUCCUUUCCUGUUCUCUGGACCUCACCUCCCAGGGGAUGCCCCGCUCUCCCACGGAACCUCUGUCCUCAGUUUUCCACCUGGGUUCCUAGACACCAGAGGUCAGAGUCUGGAAAAAAAAUUCCCCUCCCUCCCAACCCUGAGACAAGGUGUACAGCUCCACAGCUAUUUAAGGCAGAGGUCAGAACCAGAUAAAGAACUUGUCGGCUCCUAGAAUACGUGGGAGGCAGAACUGAACAAGCCCAUAGUCCAGCUUUUCCCAUUAAACCCCCGCCUUCUGACCUCCUCCCCACUCUUUUCUUAAACUUCAGACCAAUACUAGGGCAAAAUGGUUUUAUCCCUUCCUCUUCCACUAGAUUGGGUUGACAGAGUGGGAAGUUGUCCUUUUGCGGGGUGAGCUGAUGUAAUGUGUGCAAAACAAGGUAGUGUAGGCAAGUCUGGGGUACAGAGAGGGGCAACAAGGAAGCCCUGUAAGCCCAAGGCCAUGUCUCCCCUAAAGCUCUGAUCUAACCCUUAGAAGGAAGGACACUUGGACCUGUGCAGACCCAUGACCUACAGGAAGCUGUAUACAUCUCUGUAGGUUGGGCAGAGACUGAGGCUCCGAGAAAGUAUGCAUUGCACAUUUCUGAGGUUACGGUAUGGUAUUUGCUUUCAAGGCAGAAAUCUUGCUCCCAGAGCAAAGUCAGCAUCUAAACUUGGGUUGAUAAGGAAGCUCUCUGUGAUCUCUCACAGGCAGAUCAGGGAGGAGCCUGGGCUCCCAGUUCUCCUCAGGGGCUCUGAGCAGAUUGCUGGAGCUCUAGUCACAAAGCUCUGGGCUUCUGGCAUUUGUGUUUUUCAGAAUUAAAUGCAGUAUUUUGAAAAAUA